GUGAGGAGUCCGGUGUGCACACGUUUCGCUGGCAGCCUGUACUUGUGCCACAUAGUGUUGCUCUGCUCGCGUUUGGAGCCUCGUUUCUCCCAUUAAUCCCACGCAGAGCAGGAGGCGUCCCUUUGCGUUCAGUUGUGUGAUGAUCUGUGUUGAGAGGAGGACGAUGCCUCUGAGGACCGGACUUUUCCUCCUGAUGGUGCUGAACGCAUCCGCUUACGAACUGGACCAGAACGAGUCUUAUUCGCCCAGGAGAGCACGCUUCUCUGCCAACAGCCCUUCAGAUGUGGCACGCUGUCUCAACAGUGCCCUCCAAGUCGGCUGCGGAGCCUUCGCCUGCCUGGAAAACUCAACUUGUGACACAGAUGGCAUGCAUGACAUCUGCAAGUCCUUCUUAUACAGUGCUGCUAAAUUUGACACUCAGGGUAAAGCAUUUGUGAAGGAGAGCCUUAAGUGCAUUGCCAAUGGCAUCACCUCGAAGGCAUUCCCCACCAUCCGCCGCUGCUCCACCUUCCAAAGAAUGAUAUCUGAGGUCCAAGAGGAAUGUUACAGCAAGCUGGAUAUCUGCACUGUUGCCCGAUCGAAUCCAGAUGCUAUUGGUGAAGUGGCACAGCUGCCAAGUCACUUCCCCAAUAGGUUUUACGGUAAGCUGCUUCAAAGCCUGAUGGACUGCGACGAGGACACGGUGGACCUCGUCCGAACCAGCAUGGUGUCGCGGCUGGGCCCAGAGAUGACCAUGCUUAUUCAGCUGCUGCAGAGCAAGCCCUGCCCAUCCACUGCUGUGGCUGCAGCUGCCGCCAUCCCAACUGGAGUGGAGGGCCGUGGGAGCUGGCGCUGGUCCAUGGGUCCCCAUAUGUACAAGAUCCAGCCUAAUCUGCGAAACAGAGACUCUGCCAGUCAUUUUGGCAAAAAGCGCUCCGCCAGUGACAGCUCCUAACUUCCGCUCAGUCUCAAAAGAAAAAAAAAAAACACUCACACCCCUCGAAACAUCACGAAAGCUCCUCUAUUCCCUAGGGGUGAUAAGAAUCCAUUCCUCCGCUAGACUGGUUACAGAAAUAUGCCCCUCUAGGGAAAGCUGGAAUGCCCCAUAGAGUUGAUAUCAGAGUUUGAUUGUUGUUAUAUUGUAAAUCCUACACUUUAGGCUUGAGAGAACCCCCCCCUCCCCCCUUCCAUCGACUGUUUCCAAACAUGUCCGCUCACAUUUAGUGUUGAACAUGUAGCUGUUGCAUCUGUGCAACGUGGUCCUGUUCGAUCCUUUUCACCUUCUCCAACUGAGAUGAAUACUUAUGACGUCGUUUGAUGCCAAGCAAAAAAAAAAAGAGAAAAAAAAAAAAGAAGCAGCCAUGAUGGCUGACGCCUCUAGAGCACAAAAACACAAUCUCAUAAUCCUGACAUGUCUUCAUGAAUUGAAAUAAGUAGUUGGAUUAUUAUUAGUUUCUUGAUAGGAAAGGGAAAUCAUUGGUAGAUGUGUCUAAUAUUGCUGCAAUGAGACCAGUCAAAUAAUUGUGAGCAUGAGAUGUGGAAAUGAGUUUCAUAUCUAUUUUCUGACAUUAACACUAACACUUAAAUGUACUGUAUACUGAGUUUACUGAGACAGCCAUAGCACGCCCUCUAAAAGAGAGUGCUCACACGGAGUGAGGUCUGUAGAGGUUUUAUCCUAACCUUUGAGAGGUUACCUUAAACUGACCAAAAAACUUCAAACUGCCCUGAAUGCUAUUCAUGAAAUACCAAAAUAGUGUAUAGCUAUAGCACUUAUAAUUUGUUUUUUUAUUCACUUUUUUUUAUUUUUUUCCGAUGGCAGAUGUAGUCAUGUGUUUCAAAUCAUCAUCCUGCACGUCCUGCACAAGGAGUGUCCGGGUCAUGGCCGAGUCUGUCGAUCAGGAAAUAAAAAAGAUACAUUUUUGCACAUCUUGCAUCCAGACACUUGUAACGCAUAAGACUGUUGAGCUCUACAGUACAUGUGGGAGCAUGUUUAGUGGAAUCUGUGUUCAUGUUCUUAGCUGAGUGUGAAGCAGUGGUGUAUGCGCAGUGGCUGAUUAGCACGUUCACCGCUGAGACUGAGAGCGGCCAUCUUCUCGGGCUGAUGAGCGUCCCUCUCUGAGGUGAAUCAUGUGACAUACACACUGGCUUCCGGCGUCAAGAUAGAGAGUGACUAUUUAAAAAAAAAGAAAAAAAGCCUUGUUUGGAAUAAUAUUUAUUUUCCUACCUUAUUAUUUAAUGUUUUUAUUUUUAUUUUAAUGCAUUCAUGUAGUUUUGAUUAGUUUACAGAUUUUAAACAGUUCAGUCAUGGCUCCUAUUUGAACGUGAGCUCUACACCAAAAAAAAAAAAAAAAGCUGAGCUGACACUCUGGGGACUGAAUGAGGCCCAUGUCAUGACUCUGUGCUGGACAUAGGAGAACACGGUUGGUCAUUCAAGUCAGGUGAUCUACUUUAUGGUUGUCACAAGGACUACAGCGUCAUUUUGACACACUUUCUGGUUUGAUAAUAAGGAUGCAGCUGCUAGACGUAAUGAGGUUUGUGCACAUCACGGAGGAUUGAACGGGUUUGAAGCGACACCAGCAUAAAGCGACCUCGUGGUGAUGUUUGUGAUGGUUCUGCACUAGUUUUUGGUGCGAAAUCCAUUUUCCUUUAGACGGUUGGCUGCGUGCUGACAAAUUCUAACCACGCGGAUCCAGAAAUAUUCAUCUUCACUUUCUGAUUGGGUGUUUUUCAACAUAUUAACCGCUUGACCAGGAAAUUAUUCAUGGCUCUCGAUUAAUAAAACCAGGCACAGAGGACUGAUAUCUAUGAGUGUUUGAUCUUCAUCAGGGCUGUGUUGGUUUGGUUUGAUCAAAUUUGACGCUGACUGGCAACAUUAGUAAACAUCUUCAGAGAUGUUGUCAGAUUUAUAUUCAGAUGUUGCCAAAUCCUAAUCAGGGUACAAAAGAGUGUGACCUUCAUUUUCUGGAUGAUCAGCGCACGCUUCAAACCUGCAGGAAGAGUGCAGACAGAAAGACACAUGCAGAAAUCACAAAGAUGCUGAUUCAUGUACCACAACACUCAUAGUUAGCAGUUGAUGUUUUCAGGGGCCUUUAAGAGAGUGGUGUCAUCCAGGAUGAAGACAAACUUAAGGUAGUAAUGGUCACUCAGAAGAUUAGAGAGAUUUAACAGUUUCAUUCUAUGUAAAAAAUAACAAAAUGAAACGUCAGUAUAUACACUUCAACUCUAUAAGUCCCAUAAGAUUCCAUUCAUGAAGCAAAUCUUUCAAGACAAUCAUUCCGAAUCAGUGCAGAGCCUCGGUCACUGAGAAGUGUCUUCAUGCUGGUGUUUGCUUUAUCUAAACCUGGUGGACAGAUGGGGGUUUGGUAACAGAUACUUUUAGAUAAUUGAUGGCGUACAUUUCUGUUUUGCAGUAAAUUGCAAAUCUUUGUACACAGUGAAAAUACAAUAUAGAGAUUAACUUGGCACCAGGGCUGAGUUCAGUUCACUAUCAAGCAGCUUGAUUUAGAAAAUUCCCUUUGCAAACUGACCAUCCUACAGUUUGCUUUAUAACUAAAUUAUAAAGAAUUAUUGAGCAUAUUAUUAUUUCCAAUACAGCUUUUAUUUUGACUUCAUGAAAAGAACUGAAUCCGGUCCUGUUUAUGGGGAAAAAAAGUGAAUCUAUAUAUUGUUAUAUUAUUAUUUUAUAUUGGAUUGAUGAUGAUAGUGAAGCACAAACCAGAAAAGGAGAUGUUUCAUUUUUUUUGUGUCAAUUUAACAGCUAUCUUUAAGAUUUCCAAACUAUGCAAUAAUCUCGAACGGAUUCACAGCAACACAUAAAUUGACCUUUAUUUCAUUCAGUGCCAGCUGAUGCUGUGUGAGUAAAGCAGCAGCACAUGUCCUGCACGCACAGUGUGCAGACGUCGCUCCUCUGUAUCGCUCUCUGUUCCUGUGGAUUUUAGUUUUUUAGUUUUUUGUAAAGUGGUGUUUGCUUUUGUUCUGUGAAUCUGAUCUUUUUUUUUUCUUUUGUGUCAUUUGGUGCGAAAGGCAGUUGUGAAGGAAUCACUUUGGGAAGAGCUAUAGUCACACUGUAGUAUAUCCUAGCUUACUAUUUUUAUGUUUAAUAUGCACUUUGCAUCUUAACCACUAUAAAGGGCAUUGAAACAUUCUGCACACGUGCAACAUGUUUUAUUUAGCCGGUGAAUGGAAAAGCAGUCAGAAUAAGUUGCAUCCUGAAGGGUCGGGGCUUCUUCAUGUACUAAUGAUACAUAUGUCUGUAUCUCUGUUGUCCAUGGGUAAAUCCAAAACCCAACAGCUGCUGCUAAACUCUUACUUCCCUGUAUGAUGCUGUCCAGAUGCCCGUCCACUGUGGCCACACUCUGACCCGUCACAACACACAGUGAGCUCAGCAUCGCCCGCUCGUUUGCAUUUCAGCAUUUUCUAAAUGUCGAUCCAUGUCCUCAUAUUUAUUUUCGAUGAACAUUCCUCGUGUCAAAUAUAUUUGGCAAGGGCAAAUUGACUGUUUCCUCACCGUCAAAUGUAAUGGUAAUUUCAGAGAAUGUACCUGUACACUGAAUGUCUGCUUUGACUAGAACACGCCCAAGGUUAGGUGACCCAUGAAGGCUAUUGGUUAAAAAAAAACAACUAAAAAAACAACAGUGAGAGAAGUAAUAAGGCUUUCGCUUUCUUUCUGUUUUCGUUUUUUAAAUUCAACUAUAGGGUGCUUAAGGUGGUACUGCAGUAUUGUUCAAAUGACCCAUGGUGACUUUUGUGAAACUGUUUCUCCUGUCAACACUAGAGACUAAAGACUCCCUCACUUCUGGCACUUCAUGGUACUCUUUUCCUCUCAAGACUUGAAAUAGAUUGAUAAAUGUUGUUGUGCUUAAAACAAAAUUCAAAAAGCUUCAGUGACUAGUAAAGUUUAUUUUGUAUUCAUAUAUAUAUAAAUAUAUAUAAAUAUAUAUAUAUAUAUAAGUGACAGUUAUUUUACUAUUGAAUUCAAAAAGUUAUCAAGGAUUUGAGGAGAUUUACUGAAGUUCAGAUGCUAUGUAACGCAUGAUUGACCCUUGUGAAUCACUUGCACUUUAGAAUAUACCCAUAUACAUAUAUACCCAUACUGUGUAUAUGUUUGGGUUUUUCCUCUGUACUGAAAAGUCAUGAAAGAUACAAAUGCAUCAAAUGUGUGUCUUUUGCUGAUCAGAAAUAAAAUAUUUAUCAUAUCUGGCAUAUGGUAUCACAUA